AUGGACUGUGACCAUGAGGAUGAACACGGUGGCCGGUCACUAACUGGAUCGGAAUCCAACCUUCGUGAAGAUGAGCUGCAAAAUAGUUCAGUUCUUAGUACAUCAACUUUUCAACACACUGAUGUGCAUAUCAAAGAAGUCCCAACAGAUGUGAAAAAUCAAUUUCAGAAUGUUUUAAACCCACCUGGCAGUGACAUCAGCGAUGCUUUUCCUGUCUGCGUUCAGCUAGCCACAAAUCAUCUUAAAAAGUCACAUAUCACCGCUUAUAAAGCAACACACCGUCAUCGCAAAAUCAGCCGGUCCUCCACCUCCACACUGAGUCGUAUGAGCCUGAAAGCCCCUGUUGAAGACCUGUGUGCAUCCUUUCUGUUGGCGUGUUUGUUCUGCAAGUUUUGGGAUUGCGUGCUGGCCGUUGGUGAUGGAUGUCAAUACUGCGUGGCCUCUAUCUGUUCGUCCUUCUGCUCUAACGCAUGCUGUUGCAACCCUUCCAAUCUGGAGGACUUUAUAGAUUUUUGCCCAUGUUGCAGCUGCACUGAAUACAUGGAGGCUUGCGGCUGCAGUUGUGGAGAAAACGCCUUUGACUGCUCCAUUUGCGAUCUCUGUCUACAGACGACUGAGUGUCUGGAACUAGGCAUGGAACUCUCUCAGCUUCUGUUUCACUAG